AUGAAAAGUGGGGAUGUUCAUUUUAGGAUGAGUUAUUGGGUUCGAAUUUUAUUUGCAAUUUUACUCUUUCUUUAUCAUGUGAUUGGUAUUGGAUUUUUGGUGUAUUAUUUAACUGAAAUUGUGAGACACAUUCGAAUUUCACAUAUUAUGAAAGAGACAUUUGAAUAUGAUGCAGAUUAUGAAAUAUAUUCUCCAUUGUUUGUGGAUUUGAGAUUGACUUCGUUUUUCUGUUUAAUUCCAAUGAUUCUUGGAUUUGGAAGAGUGUUGCAACAUUGUGUGAUGACUUUUUUAAUACUAUUGAUGAACAAGUCUCAUAAUGACUCUACACACGAACACUUAACUACCAGCGCCAAUGAAAUACCCAACAGUGGUGAUCAUGGGUUUUCAUGGGUUGAAACGAUUGCAUUUUGGAUUGGAUCCAUCCUAUCCAUUUAUACUUGUUUUUAUCAAUUUUCAUCCAUUUAUUUUGCCUUCUAUCAGAUAUCUGUGUACUGGAUGGAAAUGAGCGUCAUUGUCAUGCUUAUUGGAUGUUUAGGUUUAUUCUUUGCGAGUACUGAAGGUGACAAUGUUCAUUGUCACUUGGAAUUGAAAGCAUCUAUUGCACAGAACGAUAAUGAUCGAUCGAUCACAAGCACCACCGCCACAAAUACUGUCACAACUCAUGAUGACGAAAAUCAUACUGAAGAGGAAGAAGAAGAACAUACAUUUACAGAAAUUUUCUCAUUUUUGAAAAUGUAUUUUUCAAUAUUUUCUUUUGAGAGUACUUUACAAAAUUGGGCAGAUCUUUUCCUUAAUGCCAGAGUUUAUGAAAACCAAAGUUUGAUUCUACUAUUUUUGCUUACUCUGGAUAUUCACCCAUUAGUGGUGGUGUUUUUUUUGAUUGAGAAAGGGUGUGACUUGCUGACAUCGAAUUAUCAAGCAAAUCAAUUAUGGACCUUACAGAGCUCGUAUCAAUCGACUAUUGAUCGAAAUUCUUCAGUUUCAAUUUACUCGAUACUUUAUCAUACAUUCAUUCUUGUGGUAUACAUAGCAUUGACUAGUGUGAAUUCACUUCCAAUCAAUUACAUUGGAUAUCAAAAAGUUGUAUAUGGAACGAGAGAUCACGUUGUUUUUGGUUGUUCCAUAUUGAUUCCUGUGUUGCUCUCGCAAGUAGAAGGAUUACUCUUUUCUUCAGGUUCUUCUCACAGAUUCACAACGGGAUUAAUCGAUAGAAAAGAACUUGUAUAUGUGUUGACCAUCAAGCGAUACUUAGCAAUUGUCAUUCAGCUGAUCGUCACUGGAAUCAUUUGUUUGGUUUUUGACGAUCCUGGGUUAAUGACAUUCAAAUUCUUUUCAGAUGUUUCCCUCAUGCUUCAAAUUGCUGCUUUCAUAUGUUUAUGUGCAAGUUAUGUGUUAUCCUUCUGUCACAGAACAAGUACAAAAGAAAAGGCUGAUUAA